GUGAUGGCUACUGCCAUUACUACCACAUCCGCCACCUAUUUCUUCUUGCUUUGCUUGCACGCCUGCAACACCAAUUCCUUUAGAUUCCACAUUCGUCUUUCAACCCCUAACGACGUUCCGCUACUCCAAGAUCAAGAGGAUGGUGAAGAUUCAUGCUCCUUAAAAGCAGACAGGAAGAAGGUUCUGGCUCAUCAAGGGAGCUGCUUGCAGAAGCGAGGUUGUGGUGUUCUUGGAUGCGAUGGUGCCGUGGAGGAUGGAGGCGCGGCUGGCGGCGACGGUGCGGGCGGCCCUCCUCGGCUGGCUCUUCUUCUGCCUCACCGUCGCCAGCGACGUCGCACGCCAACUCAGGAGCAGCGAUCUCUCCGUCUAAGGCCGACCGCGUUCGGCAUGGCCGACGGCGAAGAACCGACUCUGCGUCUACAGAUUGAUUUACAGGAGGGUAACCAGAUGCGAUUUUCCAAAGUAGUGCUCGUCUUUAGAAGACGGCUGUCCUUAAGAGUUAAGACUCAUUGAGCAGAUGCUCCCUGUAAAUUUUCAACUAAAGCGUGUUGUUCCUUUGCUCA